CAGCGCCCGGCAAGCGGAGGGGAGGGAGAGGCGAGGAGCUGGGAGGGAGUGAGGCGCUCUCUCCCGGUGUCUCCCUCUCUCUGCCUCUGCAGAAACAGCUCCUUGCCAGUAGACCACUCUCAGCAUGCCUCGAAGCGGUGGCGGAGGCGGCAGCAUCAGCACCCGCUGCUUAUAGUCUCUUCCUGCCCUCCUCGAUAUUAGGAGUUGGUGGAUCUUUUUAAGAGGAAAAAAAGGAAGGGGGUUGGGAGAGGACGGAAAAAAAGAGGAGGAGAGAGACAUUUUAACCCUUUAUUGGCCUUGGAGUAUCCUCCUCCCCCCCUACCUUAUUUUUUGGGGGAGAGGGCACAAUUUCUUCCCCUUCCCUCCCUCCCUCUCCUUCUCCUUCCUCCCUCCCCCUUUCCACCUCUUCUUGAUCUCUCUUCCUCUCUAUUUUUUCAAAUGGUGUAGCGGCCAGAGGUGCUGUGCUAAAUUCUUGGAUGGGGCCCGGAUGUACCGAGGAUGCAUUACAAUUUCACUAAAGGAGGCAGUAGUGGAGAGAAUCAGUUUUUGGCAUUUGUUGCAAUAAUGGGAAUCAGGUAAUCAUCGGAAGGGGGAAAUACUGCAGCUCCACGGCUUCCUUGGAUUUUGCACGAAAGACGACCUCGAUCUCCGAAGAGGGAUUAAACCAGAGCCGUUUUGUGGAGGUUUUUUCCCCCCAAUCCAUCCUAUUUUGGGUUUCCUUUUUCUCCCGUUUUGGUAGAUGGUCAGUGAAAACAAGAGGAUGUACAUUCCGGAAGAAAAUCAUCAAGGUUCCAACUAUGGGAGCCCUCGCCCAGCUCAUGCCAACAUGAAUGCCAAUGCCGCGGCGGGGCUUGCUCCGGAGCACAUCCCCACCCCAGGAGCAGCCCUCUCCUGGCAAGCAGCCAUUGAUGCCGCCCGGCAAGCCAAGCUGAUGGGCAGUGCUGGCAAUGCUACCAUCUCCACCGCCAGCUCCACUCAGAGGAAGCGGCAGCAGUACGGGAAACAGAAGAAGCAGGGAAGCACGACCGCCACUCGCCCACCCCGGGCAUUGCUGUGCCUGACCCUGAAAAACCCCAUCCGGAGAGCGUGCAUAAGCAUCGUUGAGUGGAAACCAUUUGAAAUCAUUAUUUUACUGACUAUUUUUGCCAAUUGUGUGGCCUUAGCGAUCUAUAUUCCCUUUCCAGAAGACGAUUCCAAUGCCACCAAUUCUAACCUGGAACGAGUGGAAUAUCUCUUUCUCAUCAUUUUUACAGUGGAAGCAUUUUUAAAAGUAAUAGCAUAUGGACUUCUCUUUCACCCCAAUGCUUACCUCCGCAACGGCUGGAAUUUACUAGAUUUUAUAAUUGUGGUAGUAGGGCUGUUUAGUGCAAUUUUAGAACAAGCAACCAAAGCAGAUGGGGCAAAUGCAUUAGGAGGAAAAGGGGCUGGAUUUGAUGUAAAGGCCCUGAGGGCUUUCCGAGUACUGCGACCCUUACGUCUGGUAUCUGGAGUGCCAAGUCUACAAGUGGUUUUAAAUUCCAUCAUCAAGGCCAUGGUCCCGUUGCUGCAUAUUGCCCUGCUCGUGCUAUUUGUCAUAAUCAUCUAUGCCAUUAUUGGACUGGAGCUCUUCAUGGGGAAGAUGCACAAGACUUGCUACAACCAGGAGGGUUUAACAGAUGCCCCAGUAGAAGAUGACCCUUCUCCUUGUGCCCUUGACACGGGACAUGGACGGCAGUGCCAGAAUGGCACAGUAUGUAAAGCAGGGUGGGAUGGACCCAAGCACGGCAUCACCAACUUUGACAAUUUCGCCUUCGCCAUGUUAACUGUGUUCCAGUGCAUUACAAUGGAGGGUUGGACAGAUGUGCUGUACUGGAUGCAAGACGCAAUGGGCUAUGAGUUACCUUGGGUGUAUUUUGUCAGUCUGGUCAUCUUUGGAUCCUUUUUCGUUCUAAAUCUGGUUCUCGGUGUUUUGAGCGGAGAGUUUUCCAAAGAGAGGGAGAAAGCAAAGGCUCGAGGAGACUUCCAAAAGCUGCGAGAGAAGCAGCAACUGGAAGAGGACCUCAAAGGCUACCUGGACUGGAUCACUCAAGCGGAAGACAUUGACCCUGAGAAUGAAGAUGAAGGCAUGGAUGAGGAGAAGCCCAGAAAUAUGAGCAUGCCCACAAGUGAGACAGAGUCCGUCAACACUGAAAACGUGGCUGGAGGCGACAUCGAGGGAGAGAACUGUGGGGCAAGGCUGGCGCACCGAAUCUCCAAAUCAAAGUUCAGCCGCUACUGGCGCCGGUGGAACCGCUUCUGCAGAAGGAAGUGCCGGGCAGCUGUCAAAUCCAAUGUUUUCUACUGGCUUGUCAUUUUCCUUGUGUUCCUCAAUACCCUCACCAUCGCCUCAGAGCACUACAACCAGCCCCACUGGCUCACGGAAGUCCAAGACACUGCCAACAAGGCCCUGCUGGCUCUUUUCACUGCAGAGAUGCUGUUGAAGAUGUACAGCCUUGGCCUCCAGGCCUAUUUUGUGUCUCUAUUCAACCGCUUCGACUGCUUCAUCGUGUGUGGAGGAAUCCUGGAGACCAUCCUGGUAGAAACUAAGAUAAUGUCCCCCCUGGGGAUCUCAGUGUUGAGAUGUGUCCGGCUGCUGAGGAUCUUUAAAAUUACAAGGUAUUGGAACUCCUUGAGCAACCUGGUAGCGUCAUUACUGAAUUCGGUGCGAUCAAUUGCCUCACUUCUGCUGCUGCUUUUUCUCUUCAUCAUCAUCUUCUCUCUCCUUGGGAUGCAGCUCUUUGGUGGAAAGUUCAACUUUGAUGAGAUGCAGACCCGGAGGAGCACAUUUGAUAACUUCCCCCAGUCUCUUCUCACUGUGUUUCAGAUCCUGACCGGGGAGGACUGGAAUUCGGUGAUGUAUGAUGGGAUCAUGGCUUAUGGAGGGCCCUCUUUUCCAGGGAUGUUAGUCUGUAUUUACUUCAUCAUCCUUUUCAUCUGUGGAAACUACAUCUUACUGAAUGUAUUCUUGGCCAUUGCUGUGGACAAUCUGGCUGGCGAGAGCCUCACAUCUGCCCAGAAAGAAGAGGGAGAAAAAGAAAGGAAGAAGCUGGCCAGAACAAGUCAUCCUGAGAAGAAGCAAGAGGUGGAAAAACCCAGCUGUGGGGAAACCAAGGAGGAGAAAAUUGAGCUGAAGUCAAUUAGCGAUGGAGAAUCUCCACCCACCACCAAGAUCACCGUGGAUGACCUCCAACCCAAUGAAAUGAGGAGAAAGGUUCCAUCCAACCCAGAAGCUGGAGGAGAAGAAGAGGAAGAGGAGCCUGAGAUGCCUGUGGGCCCCCGUCCCCGCCCACUCUCUGAGUUGCACCUCAAGGAAAAGGCAGUGCCCAUGCCAGAAGCCAGUGCAUUUUUCAUCUUUGGCCAUAAUAACAGGUUCCGUCUUCAGUGCCACCGCAUUGUCAACAACAAUAUCUUUACCAAUCUGAUCCUCUUCUUCAUUCUGCUCAGCAGCAUCUCCCUGGCUGCUGAGGACCCGGUCCGACACAACUCCUUUCGGAACCAAAUUCUGUUUCAUUUUGAUAUAGUUUUUACUACCAUUUUCACCAUUGAAAUUGCUCUGAAGAUCCUAGGCAAUGCAGACUAUGUCUUCACUAGUAUCUUUACCUUAGAAAUUAUCCUUAAGAUGACCGCCUAUGGGGCUUUCCUCCACAAGGGCUCUUUCUGCAGGAACUACUUCAACAUCUUGGACCUCCUCGUGGUCAGCGUGUCCCUGAUCUCCUUCGGUAUCCAGUCCAGUGCCAAUGUUGUCAAGAUCUUGAGAGUGCUUAGAGUACUCAGACCCCUGAGAGCUAUCAACAGGGCCAAGGGACUAAAGCAUGUGGUGCAGUGUGUAUUUGUUGCCAUCCGAACCAUAGGGAACAUUGUGAUUGUUACCACGCUUCUUCAGUUCAUGUUUGCCUGCAUUGGGGUACAGCUGUUCAAGGGCAAACUCUACACCUGUACAGACAGUUCCAAACAGACUGAGGCAGAAUGCAAGGGCAACUAUAUCACAUACAAAGAUGGUGAGGUAGAUCAUCCCAUCAUUCAGCCCCGAAGUUGGGAGAAUAGCAAAUUUGACUUUGACAAUGUCCUGACUGCCAUGAUGGCUCUCUUCACUGUCUCCACUUUUGAGGGGUGGCCAGAGCUUCUAUACCGAUCCAUCGACUCACAUACUGAAGAUAAGGGACCCAUCUACAACUACCGAGUAGAGAUCUCCAUCUUCUUCAUCAUCUACAUCAUCAUCAUCGCCUUCUUUAUGAUGAAUAUCUUUGUGGGUUUCGUCAUUGUCACCUUCCAGGAGCAGGGAGAACAGGAGUACAAGAACUGUGAACUGGACAAGAACCAGCGACAGUGUGUCGAGUAUGCUCUCAAGGCUCGGCCCUUGAGAAGAUACAUCCCCAAGAACCAACACCAGUACAAAGUGUGGUAUGUGGUUAAUUCCACCUAUUUUGAGUACUUGAUGUUCGUCCUCAUCCUUCUCAACACCAUCUGCUUAGCCAUGCAGCACUACGGUCAGAGCUGUCUUUUCAAAAUCGCCAUGAACAUUCUCAACAUGCUCUUCACUGGCCUCUUCACCGUCGAGAUGAUCCUGAAGCUCAUUGCAUUCAAACCCAAGGGUUACUUUAGUGAUCCUUGGAAUGUUUUUGACUUCCUGAUCGUAAUUGGCAGCAUUAUUGACGUCAUUCUCAGUGAGACUAAUCACUAUUUCUGUGAUGCAUGGAAUACAUUUGACGCCUUGAUUGUUGUGGGUAGCAUUGUUGAUAUAGCAAUCACCGAGGUAAACCCAGCUGAACAUACCCAAUGCUCUCCCACUAUGAAUGCAGAGGAGAACUCCCGGAUCUCCAUCACCUUCUUCCGUCUAUUCCGGGUUAUGCGUCUCGUCAAGUUGCUAAGCCGAGGGGAAGGCAUCCGGACCCUGCUCUGGACUUUCAUCAAAUCUUUCCAGGCUCUACCCUAUGUGGCUCUUCUGAUAGUGAUGCUGUUCUUCAUCUACGCUGUCAUUGGAAUGCAGGUGUUCGGCAAAAUCGCCCUGAACGAUACUACGGAAAUCAAUCGGAACAACAACUUCCAGACCUUCCCUCAAGCUGUGCUUCUACUCUUCAGGUGUGCCACAGGGGAGGCGUGGCAAGAUAUCAUGCUAGCCUGUCUGCCAGGAAAGAAAUGUGCCCCUGAGUCUGAGCCAAGUAACAGUACUGAAGCAGAGACACUCUGUGGCAGCAGCUUUGCGGUGUUUUAUUUUAUCAGUUUCUACAUGCUCUGUGCCUUCCUGAUCAUCAACCUGUUUGUAGCUGUCAUCAUGGACAACUUUGACUACCUGACAAGAGACUGGUCCAUCCUAGGUCCCCAUCACUUGGAUGAAUUCAAAAGGAUCUGGGCAGAAUAUGACCCUGAAGCCAAGGGUCGAAUCAAACACCUAGAUGUGGUGACCUUACUCCGGAGGAUCCAGCCCCCACUAGGGUUUGGAAAGCUUUGCCCUCAUCGAGUAGCAUGCAAACGCCUGGUAUCCAUGAACAUGCCUCUGAACAGUGAUGGGACUGUUAUGUUCAAUGCCACCUUGUUUGCCCUGGUCAGAACAGCCCUGAGAAUCAAAACAGAAGGGAACCUGGAACAAGCCAAUGAAGAGUUGCGAGCAAUUAUCAAGAAGAUCUGGAAACGGACUAGCAUGAAGCUCCUAGACCAGGUGGUUCCCCCAGCUGGCGAUGAUGAAGUGACUGUUGGGAAGUUCUACGCCACCUUCCUAAUCCAAGAAUAUUUCCGAAAAUUUAAGAAGCGCAAAGAACAAGGGCUAGUGGGCAAGCCUUCCCAGAGGAAUGCAUUAUCUCUACAGGCUGGUCUUCGUACACUGCAUGACAUUGGACCAGAGAUUCGACGGGCCAUCUCUGGGGACCUGACAGCUGAGGAGGAGAUGGACAAGGCUAUGAAGGAAGCUGUUUCUGCUGCCUCUGAAGAUGACAUCUUUAGGAGGGCCGGUGGCCUGUUUGGCAAUCAUGUCAGCUACUACCAAAGCGAUGGUCGAAGCUCCUUCCCCCAGACCUUCACCACCCAGCGCCCACUGCAUAUCAACAAAGCGGGUAACAGCCAAGGCGACACGGAGUCACCAUCCCAUGAGAAACUGGUGGACUCCACAUUCACUCCCAGCAGCUACUCAUCCUCUGGCUCCAAUGCCAACAUCAACAACGCCAACAACACUGCCCUGGGCCGCUUCCCCUGUCCCACCGGUUACCCCAGUACGGUCAGCACAGUGGAGGGCCAUGGGACCCCCUUGUCCCCUGCCAUCCGGGUACACGAGACAGCAUGGAAGCUCACCUCCAGGAGGUCCCACUCCCGGGACAGCCGGAUAGCUGUGGUGGUGCCCCAGAGGAGGCCCGCCCCGACACAGAAUACAGCAGGCGAGCCAGUUGAUCUCACUGAGAUGCUUUCCUAUCAGGAUGAUGAGAAUAGACAGCUGACACCACCAGAAGACAAAACCAGGCAAUCGGUGAAGAGAGGAUUCCUCCAUUCUUCCUCCCUAGGUCGGAGAGCCUCCUUCCAUUUGGAAUGUCUAAAGAGACAAAAGAACCAAGGGGGAGACAUCUCUCAGAAGACAGUGCUGCCUUUGCAUCUGGUUCAUCACCAGGCAUUGGCAGUGACAGGCCUCAGCCCUCUCCUUCAGAGAAGCCAUUCUCCAAACACCACAUUCCCCAGGCCAAGUGCCACCCCCCCAGCAACUCCUCAUGGCCAAGCCUGGCCCCUACAGCCCAUUCCUACACUGUGGCUAGAAGGAGCAGAGUCCAAUGAGAAGCUCAACAGCAGCUUCCCAUCAAUCCACUGCAGCUCCUGGUAUGCAGAGAAUGCCAACUGUGGAGGCAGCAGGGGCAGCACCUCCCGGAGAGCCCGGCCAGUCUCCCUCACUGUGCCCAGCCAGUCUGGGGCAGCUGGCAGACAAUUCCAUGGCAGUGCUAGCAGUCUAGUUGAAGCGGUCUUGAUUUCAGAAGGACUGGGACAGUUUGCUCAAGAUCCCAAGUUCAUCGAAGUCACAACCCAAGAACUUGCUGAUGCCUGUGACAUGACAAUAGAGGAAAUGGAGAACGCGGCUGACAAUAUCCUCAGUGGUGGCACCAAGCAGAGCCCCAAUGGCAACUUGUUACCUUUUGUUAACUGCAGGGACCCGGGGCAGGACCAAGCAGGUGGUGAGGAGGAAGAGGCAAUGCCCAACCCCGAAUGUCGAAAGAGUGAGGAGGAACUCCAGGACAGCAGGGUUUACAUCAGCAGCCUGUAGUUGCUGGGGUCGUCAUGAUUCGGGGUGUUUUUUUAAUUUGUUUCAAUGUUCCUAAUAGGUUCGUUUCAGAAGUGCCUCACUGUUCUCGUGACCUGGAGUUAACCGGAACAGCGUUCUUCAUUCAUUUCUGUUGGGAUGAGAGACAGAGUUGGGUGGUGAUAUGAGAGAGAGAGAGAGAAAGAGAGAGAGAGAGAGAGUUUUUCAGGGGAAAGAGAAGCCAACAACCCCAGUCCACAGGUGUAGAGUGGUGAGGAGGUGGAAGAAUAAGGGAGGGAGGAGGAAGAGCACAGGUACCUGCCCCCUCCUUACUUCAGGCCCUAAACCAGAAAGUGACAGCUGCCUAUUUGUGCACGAAGGAUGAUAUCAGUUUCCUGUGGGCCACCCUCACCAAAAGGACCCUGCAUCAAAUGGGUGUCUUUCAACUUUGCUUGUAAAAAAAAAAUCAUUUUUGCACAUAUUCUGUAUGAGCCUCACUGUCUCCAUAGAGCCAGGGCCUAAUGGAUUUGGAAAAGGAAAUGGCGGCAUGACUUCUGCUGAAGAUCCCAACAUUUUGCCAAAGGGGGAGGAAGAAGAGGAAGAAAGAGAUGGCAGGAGCUUUUAGGAGAGGGGAGCAGGAGGGUGGCAGGGGGAAUGCCUAAAGAGGUACCACUGCAGCUACAAGCCAAGGCUCCCAGGUGGUUGGGCAGGCAGCUCUGGCCAUGCCCACCCCUUCAGGUUGGGGUCACAUUGCCUGCACAAACCACAUAAAGCUCUGUGUUAAUAGUGGUGCUGAGAUGUUAAGGCUUAUAGGGAGUUGGCACUGCCCGCCAAUGUAGCUUACCUUACAAAGUAAGGUGGCACAGGGCUUCUGUAGAGUGCUCAUUUGUUUUUGCCAUUUUGAUAUUUUUCUUGGCAGCAUGUUCCAUUUUUAAUUUUGAUUUCUGAGGGUUCAGGGAGGAGGGAGAGUGUUUACAGGGCUUUUAAGCCACCCACCUUAUCAUUUUCACUUUGGCAAAUGUAAAUCAGGUUUGGUUUCAUUGUAUUAUUUAAACAGUUGUGUUCUUGUUUAUUUUUGGUGAUGGUGGGAGGAGGGGUUCUUUUUCCCCAUUGGAAAUUCAUUAGAAGCGGUUAUAGGAGAGUUUUACCAACAUUUGUGUAUGCCCAAGACUUUAUUAUUUUUUUUCCUUUGGUAGUAACAGAAACCUGGGGGGUGGGGUGGGUGUUUUGUUCUAUAAUUUAAAGAUAGUAGGCAGUGCACUCAAUGUAAUCUUGCACAUAUGAGUGCUUGAGUUGGGUUCAUUUUCAAUUGGAUAUGUUCAUGGAUGCCAGAGAUAGAGGUAUGUAUGUGUGUGUGUUGAUGUGCCUAAUAGGUUGAGUUGGGUGAUACUGCAUAGGUGUGUAUGUGUAUGUAUGCGUGCAUGCAUGUGCAGUUCUCCACUCUUUGGUUUAGCCCUACUGGGAGAUCUGAUUCUGGGGCCAUUUGAAUGCAAAAACAAACCGCUGUCUCUGUUUCUGAAAGGGAAAUUAGUAACUCUCUGCAUUUUCUGUUCCACAAGAUAUGCAAAAACAAUGCAAUAAUAUUAGUUUUAACUACAGUUGUGAGUCAUGUUGGCAUUAAAACUGUAUAGAGAUGAAAAAUAACAACAGUAAUUUAAGGGGGGAAAAACAACCCAAGAAAGAGUUUUGCUUCGAUAUAUAUUCCAUGUGAUGUUUUAUUGCAUUGAUAAUGUUUCUGUUGAAGAAACCGUAAUACUUGAAUUCAGGUCAGUUUCAGUAUUUUUCAAAUAUUUUUUUAAAACUGAAUUGCAAUUGUGCCAAGCAAAUAUAAUGAAUUGAAUUAAGUUUGUUUUCGAAUUCACUUCUUGUAUAUUUGGCUGCAUGUAAAGUAAACCAUUUUGUAUUUGGAGCGUGAUAAGCUUUCCAUGUGGACUCUUUAAAUGCUUUUUUGCGUAUAGUUGGGGAAGGGGAAAGACUUUUUUUAAAAAACCAUGUACAAUAAGCAAAAGCAUUACUGGAGUAAGUAACUAUUCUGCGGUUCUCAGCUGGAUGGGUUGGAGAUGACUGAUUUUGCAUAUCUUGUUCUCCCUCUUCCCUCUCUCCUUCAAGAAUGGUACAGUUAGAUAGCUCAGUGCAGAACUUUGCUUUCAGAAACCAGGAUCUUUUUCUUCUGGUAUUCACAUUCUCCAAUCUGCUUGAAUCCUCUCAAUUGAUGCUCUUCCUCUAUCUAAGAUAAGGACACAUCCUUCAUGCCUGAGGAAGUCUACUCGCUAUAAGCCCAGCUUUCAAUUCUAUUUAGCUGAGUUAACAUCAGCACCAUUACCCACCCCACCCAAGGAUGUGGCUAAUGUCUCUUUCAAUUCCCUCAGCAGUUUCCUGAGUAUGCUGGGGAGCAGUUAUUUAGUGCAGUUACUCUGAGGUCACCCUCCUCAAAAAAACUUAUGGUAAUACCUUGAGCAAGGCCUGGACUGUUGUCAUUGCCCGAAGACUAAAUUACUCUAUCCCCACUCACAUUCUGCAUCAAAGAAGUAUCCUGGACUAAUUUAUUCCACCAGGGAGUGACAGAAAGGACCUGUGGAGUUAGAGCAGGCAGUUUAGAAUGUCUUUGGAAAAAGAGGUUAUGUUAGAAGCAUUUUAUUCUAUGCCCUUUGACAUAUGCCUGAAAUGCAUGUACUUUUAUCUUCACAUGUUUCCCAACACUUUUACCAGGUAGUAGGAAAGGGGCCAAAUUAGGGAGUAUGAGGUUGGAUUCUUAAAUCUCUUCUAGUCGCCAGUUUUCUUUCGGUCCUUCCUGUGAACAAUGUGAGCUAGAAGUUAAAAUUUGGAAAAGUUCAUUCAUUCUAUGGAGAACAUGAGUCUUCCUACCAUGUAGGAUUCGAAAAGGAUCUGAAAAGAAGUAAGAAGAAUCAUUACCUCAGGAAGACAUCCUGCUAGAUAAAAAUCUUCAGCUCAGUUUUUAGUCCAAAGUGGAUUGGAAAAGGAAGUGAAGGGAUGAGUGCUUCUAUAGACUUGUCUUAUUUAAGCUUUCUGGUUUGUUGGUCUUUUGAGAUAUCCUAUGGCCACCACCCUGGAGUUGCCUUUAUUGGGAUCUCUGUUCUGAUUAAGAGAGGAACUCAUUAAGGCCUGAGGUACUUUCCAUGCAAUUGGUUCCUGGAUUUAAAAAAUGGAAAUCUUAGAGUAAUAUGCUUAUCUUUUCAUGCUGUUUACUUUCUUCUGAAAUUCUCAGCCACACAACUAACUCAUAACAUAUUGCAGCAUGAGACUAUUAGGUUAACAUUCAUGUCAAAUUAUCCUGUGCAUACACUCCCAAGUCUUCCCUAGAGUAAAUGCUUUCAAGAAAACCAGAGAAACUCAAUUCUGUACCCUACAAGGCAAUGAUGAUAAUAAUAAUGCCCAACCAUAUGUUUAUUCUGCCCUAAUGGUCAGAAAGUUCUUCCUUUCUAGAUCAAUGGGUCUUUAAAUUGAUUUCAUGGUCUGCCAAUCUUAUACCAAUCAUGGUGGUUUGGUAAAAUCUGAAUACAUCAAAAAGAAAACCAGAAUGUUUCAUUCUUCCCAUGGCAGAAUAGAAACCCUACUUGGAUCCCAGGGACCAGAUACCACCUUGCAGGGUACAUUCACCAACCUUUUGCACAUUCAUCUGGGGUGACAGAAGCAAAGCAGCUAAUGGUUGAAGACUUAAAGAAGUAUAUAUUAGGUUCAGGAACUAUAUGUUCCAUUUUUACUUGCCCAUUGAUAUCUUUCAGAAGUAGACUGUUUUCUUUCUAGACAUUGGUUUGUGGCCUACAGUGAAAAGAAAGACACAUUAUGAAUCAAACAAAGUCUUGUAAGUUAUCUCCCAUAGCUAACCUUUUCUAUAAGAUUUCUUAGGACCAAAAGCAAAACUGAAAUUCAUUAUUAUCACUCAAGCUUCAUUAAUGAAUAUUUCCACAACUUGGAUUAUUCAUUAGUCCUUGCUGCCAUAUACCCAGCUCUGUGGAAAUAGUAAACAUUCAUUCUUUUCAGGGAACCAGGGUUCUUGUGAUUCUGACCAAGGAGGAAGACUACCAAGAUUCUGUCUUUUCUCCCCUCUCCUCACUUGUUUCCUAUUUCAUCAGAUACUUAGGUUUCAAAUAUUGGCUUCUUCUCUGCAAGGUUGCUGCCAUCCCAUUACCUUAGGUCAGCCAUCCUUUUCCACGAGUCCCCUAAGUGAGAAUAAGAGAACAGGAAAAAAAUCCAUGUCCUUCUAUCUUUGUGAAAAAUGAAGAGCACACCAUUCCAUCCUUCAGUCAGUCAGCAAGUAUUUAUUAAUCACCUAUUGUGUGCAGAGCACUGUACUAGGCUCUAGGAGUGAGACAGUUUAAAUUAGUCGUGGUCUCUGCCCUCAGUUUUAAAAGGCUGAGGGUUGUUUUUAAGGAGAUUUCUGGCUAAAUAUUGUCUAUCACUAGUAAGGACAGGAUGGCAAAAAUAUGAACAGGCCAGUUUUAGCUUAGACUUAAGGCAGAGUUGUUGAUAAGCAGCAGUUCAAUCCUAUAGUUACCUUCAGGCAGGUAAUUAGAAGGGAUGGCACUUCCAUUCCUGGAAAUACAGAGAAGAGAGAUCAAUGUUAUCCUGGAGGUCCUUCUUAAAUCAACAGUUUUAUAACUACAGUAUCCAAAGAAAAGCAGUAGAGGCACAAAUGGGCUUUAGAGGCUAUCGGGUGCAAUCCCAUUCUUUAAGGAAAUUGUUUCUACUUAGAGAUUUAACAUACACAAAGCACUGAACCUGAACAAAGAGUCCCUAUGUCCUUUAGGAAGGGGAAGAAGAUGAAAGGGAAGGCCUCUAGCUACACCUGCUUUCUCAGUCUAAUCACUACACAGAAACCGCUGGUAUGGACUUACAAGAGCGUAUAGUGUCUCCUUCGGGGAAGGGGGUGUGGGGAGGGGGAAUAAGAAAUUAUUUCAUUCUUAGCUUGUCCUUUCAUCCUCUCAGCUAGAUCAUACAAUUUAGAAGGAAACGGACAUAUUUCUAUUGGGGUCACUAUAAACUCCUCCUUUCCCCAGGCUGUCCUCUUCUUGCUAUUGCUAGAGCAUCUCCUUGCCCCCCACAUCAGAUGUAUUUCUUUGUUUUUUCCCAUCAGGAAUGACAGGUAGGAAGAGAGCUUGAAUUCACAGAAUUUCUUGUCACUUCAGAUUUGGUUAUCCACCAGUUGCCUUUUUACUGACAUAUGGGGUAAAGGCAACAUCAUGUUAUAACCAAGAGUUAAAUUGCUUUCUGACUUCCCUAUCCCCCUUGUUUCUUCCCUAUCCCCCUUUUCCAACCCUCACAUAGACUAUGGACAGAGAGAGAUAAAAGUAGUAGCCUAUACGUGUUUUGCUUUGUUUUCUGAUUUCCACUGCAACCUCUCCAUAAUGAUAUCACUGCCAACAACUAACCAAUGACAAAUGCAUUUUUUAAAAUAUCUCUUGAUGUUUUUCAAAGCAAUGUUUCUUUACUCUGUUAAGAUUAACACCAGCCUAGGAAAUGGGUGGGUCUUCUGUGUUUGAGUUACUUCAAAAAACGUUUAAGCUACCAGUACAUAGCACAUCUAUAUACAAAUGAUCUCCUGCAGGACAAAACAGUGGGUCAAAUGCUUAGCCAUCACCCCAGAUAGAUUAUUUUAAUGGUCCUGCCAGGAUAGAUGCUGUAUAAAGUGGCACACAGAGAAAACCAGAAUUUUGAAACAACAUAGGUUGGUCAAAAUGAAUAAAUAUUUAUCUAUAUUGAGAAAUUCUUGUGCUGCUAAAAAACAAGGUGAUUUUUCUCACCUCAUCUCUUAAGAGACCUGUGAUUAAUGGGAAAUGAGGUGAUCAAGAAGUCAAAGGCCAAUGGGGUUUUCUGGUAUAUUUGGAUGAGUUUUUUUAUGUUUCUAAAAAAGUAUGAGAAUUGGAUUUAUUCAGACAGAGACCAAUUCAACAAUGGGAGCUGAGAGGAGUAGGAUUUUCUGUGAAAAUUCUAUGCUCCUCUACUCUCCAGUAGGACAUAGAUGGCCCAACCAUGAAUGAAGUAAAAACUUGAAAUAUCAUCUCAGCAAAACUAAACCCCUUCCUAUGAGGGUCAUAUAAUACUACCAUUCUUCAAAUCAGAAUAGCUCAGCUUCCAUAAGUCAUCUAGAUAGGGAAAGAUAGCAUUUAGCUGAGUGUGUCAUUUUUUUUCUUUCUGAUUCAUCAACCAAAAAUCAGGUAUACAGCUCAUAUGCAGAAAAAAUACAUAUUUCCAUAGGGCCUUCUACAUGGAACAUAUGCAGGUGUUACAUGCGGACAACUUCUGUGAGAAGGAAUAUGCUAGCCAGUGAACAGAUUCUUCGUAAGAGGUUUUCAUGCCAGGGGAAUGAAUGUCUUUGGCAUUUCUUUUCCUAAUAAUGGGAAAGGUCUUGGCAGUAUAACAAGGAAGAAGGAGAUUCAAAGGAAUGAAGCAGCUGGGUGAUGGGAAAAGCUGAAAACAGUCUGCUUUCACUCAUCUUCAGGAGGUAUUACUUGAGUUUUCACUCAGGCAAAAAGGAGGAUAGACUCUGAUCCGAAGAGAUACAACAAAUAUUAGAGGGGAAUUGAUCACUGGAUCCUAUGGUACACCAUUCACAAACUUCCCAUUUUGAAAAGACUUCACCAAAGUUAUAAAACUUGAGAAUCAAGGGCAAACAGUCCUGUCUAAAGGGCUCCCUCAGAAAGUCAUCUUCAUUGAACUGAAUGCUACAAACUCUUUUCACCAUCUGCAUUAACAAAGACUUUUCACCCCCAAUCGUAUUUUGUAGCUUCAUUUCAUUCCCUGUAGACUCAGACUCAUACAUCUUGGGAUUUUCCCUAGCUCACCCUCUACAACUAGCUGCCCUUCCCAGAACAGGCGAUGCUUUUCUCAAAGCUUCUUGGGAGGAAGAUUCAAUGGUCCACAGCACCACCCAUAUGACCAUAUUGGGAAUUCAUUCUUACUGGUGGGGCUAUGCUGGUGGUGACUGAGAAAGAAUCAAGAAAAAAUGUAUACUUUGCCUGGGAUAGUAAAAUAGGAGGGGGGUGGGACUUGGGGGGAGUCUUCCAGUUGGUCAAGCAUCAUAUCAUCUGUUACAAAUGCUAGUCUUGUGACUUUGCUGUUUCAUUUUAAUAUCACAGAGUUGCUGAACAAAACCUCCCUUUGGAAUAAAUGGCACCAGACUUACUCCUUACCGAAUUUCCUAAGCCUUGACCAACCACUUUCUCCCCCCAUGUCCAUUCACACUCAUGUCCCCAACCUCCCUUAACUCAGAGACAUAACCAGUGCCUCUAUUGUUACCACCAAUCCAUUACCAACUUCCACAUACACCUUCACCCCAUCCAGUCUCCAUGAUUUCACAGAAAUGCUCCUGUAAAUAUUUCUGUACAGUUUGUCACUGUUAUUAAAGCCUGUCAUUUGGAGGCCUCGCCUGCCUCCCCUUCUCACCCUGUGUGAAAGGCAAAGGGAAUCUGAAAAGGGCCAACCCUUUAAAGAAAGUUUCAGGGUCAUCUCUGUGUGGGACACUAUGUAUAUUCCUGUAAGAUUGCAUUUUUAUCUAAGGAAUGAUGUUAUUUAAAAAAAAAAACAAA